GAUUGGAAAAUUAGGAAAUUCACACACAAAAGGAGUGUCCAACUCACAUUUCUACGCACCUUCUUUGCAAAUCAUGCGUAGAAAGUAGUCUUAUAUAUGUAUAAACAGAGACCCAGAAAAGAAAGUUUGAGAUAGGGAGAGAGAGAGAGAAGGGGAAAGAGAAAUCCUUUUGUGAUUUAUCCUCUUCUUCUUCUUUGUUGUUCUUGUUCAUCAUUCAUCGAUAGGCGAGGCGGAAUAAUGGUGAUGGGUAAAGAGAAAGAGAAAGAGAAGAAGAUGUUGGUAGUGGGAGUGUGGAACUUCGCUGCGGAGCUUAAACUGUUGUUAACAGCGCUUGUCAUUCUCUGCAGUGUGGCCACGCUUCUUCAGUUCCUCCCUUCUCGUUUCACCAUCUCCACCUCCGAUCUCCGCUUCUGCAUCUCAAGGGUUGUCACCACCACCCAACCAGCUCUUCCUCCUAUUUCCACCUCCUCUGCAGCUGCUUCACUGCUGGCUGCACCACCUUCUUCACCUUUACCUUCGCCGCCACCACCCCCUCCACCGACACCGCCGCCGCUUCAACAACUAGAUCAGACGCUGGACAAUGGCGUACUCAAGCGGGGCUUCCGUCCGUACGGUGCGGCAGCGUACAGCUUCGUCACCAUGGGUACUUACAGAGGAGGCCUCAACACCUUCGCCAUUGUGGGUAUAGCUUCGAAGCCUCUCCACUUAUACUCCAAGCCGACCUACCAGUGCCAGUGGGUCCCUCACCUCAACUCCUCCGAACCCAUCUCCGCCGUCGGCUACAAGAUCCUCCCUGACUGGGGCUACGGCCGCGUCUACACCGUCGUCGUCGUUAACUGCACCUUCUCCCAACCCAUCAACGCCGACAACUCCGGCGGCAGGUUAGUCCUCUACGCCUCUACCUCCGGCGGUGGUGACCGUAACCUCAACGUUACCGAUACCAUCCACGCCUUGACAGAGACUCCCAGAUCCUUGGAUUUUUCUGUGUUCACUUCCAGGCCCAAAUACGAUUAUUUGUAUUGUGGGUCGUCGUUGUAUGGCAAUUUGAGUCCACAGAGACUGAGAGAGUGGAUUGCGUACCAUGUGAGACUAUUCGGGGAGAGAUCGCAUUUUGUGAUACACGACGCAGGCGGCGUUCACGAGGAGGUUUUGGAGGUGUUGAGGCCGUGGAUGGAGAAGGGCUUUGUGACAUUGCAGGAUAUAACAGAGCAGGAGAGGUUUGAUGGGUACUAUCACAACCAGUUCAUGGUGGUCAAUGAUUGCUUGCACAGAUACAAGUUUAUGGCCAAGUGGAUGUUCUUCUUUGAUGUGGAUGAGUAUAUAUAUGUGCCUCCCAAGAGCACCAUCAAGUCCGUUCUCGAUUCGCUUUCGGAGUAUUCGCAGUUCACCAUUGAGCAGAUGCCCAUGAGCAGUAAGCUCUGCCUCUAUGAACCGGCCGGCAGAACCUACAGGAGAUGGGGGUUUGAGAAGCUUGUAUACAGAGACGUGAAGAAAGGAAUUAGGAGGGACAGGAAAUACGUGGUGCAACCGCGCAAUGUGUAUGCGACAGGGGUGCAUAUGUCACAAAACCUGGCAGGUAAAACCACACAUAAAACAGAGGGCCGGAUCAAAUAUUUCCAUUAUCAUGGAACCAUAUCAGUACGACGUGAACCCUGCCGGAACCUGAUCAAUUCUACUGAGAUCACCUUCGAAAAACUCCCUUAUGUUAUGGACACCACAAUGAGAGAUGCUGCUGGGUAUGUGAAGAAAUUCGAGCUCAAGAUGAUUGGAUCCAGGCUACAAAGGACACGGCAAUGACACCAUUUUUUUUUCUCCCUUUCCAGCCUUUUUGGUCUCUCUAUCUCUUAUCUCAUUUUCUUUUUUUAAUGGUUACUACAUUUGUAUGAUAGCUUCAAAUGGGGAUGGUAUAGAUACAGUAGCAUGAACAUUAUUAGGUAAAAAAAAAAAAAGAAGGAAGAGUUAUAAUAGAGGUGGUGUGUAAUUCUUUUGUAUUUUAUAAUGUUCGUUGAUAUGAUAACAUUUGUUUGUUUCA